AUGUGCUGUUCACUGCCUUUUUCCUUGUUGCAACCAUCCAGACUGAGAAUUGUGAACAACACCCUCCCCAAAAUCAGUCUGCGCUCCCUGCCGGGCUUUGGGCACCAGGUGGACUUCAAGACGCAGCUGCUGGUAGAGAGCAGCGUGCCGGGCCAGCCGCUGUGCCAGCAGGUGGAGGUGGAUGCGACCAUCCUGGUCCGGGACACUUGGACGCCUCACCAGAACGCUCUGAACUGCGAGACUGUUGACAUAACCACCCAUGUGAGACCCAGAGUGCCAGUUCUGGAAGAGCCUUUGAAACGCCUGCUCAGCAAUACCCUGAAUGAUCUGGGCUGCAACAUCAUCAACGCCAAGCUCAAGGUGUUGAGCUCCCUGCUGGGCUCCAGGAACCAGGUGCUCCCCCUCGGGGCCCUGGGGGACUUGCCCUCCUUCUCCAUCCUCAGUGGGGAUGCCAUCCAGGUGGAUCUGAAUGACACCCUCAGCGCCCUGCUGGAGCAGGGCCAGGGCCAGGGCGCCCUCAACCUCAGCAUCACCAGCUUGGCGGGCAGCAAUUCCCCUCUGCAAGGCCAGGUGACCCAGAGCAGCUCGCUGACCGUGUCUGCCCUUUUCCCCUUCAUCCCCCAGCUGCGUGUCCGAGUGAGGGAUGAGCCAGUGGUGGCUGUGAGGGAUGGAAGGGCCACUGUCACCCUCAGAGCCACUAUUGACGUCUCCAGCCCUGCCCUGCAGACCCCCCAGGGGCUCCUGUUCUCCGUCGAUGUGGACAUCGUUCUGAACAUCACCCCAUCAGUCUCUGAUGGCAAACUGCAAACCUCCCUAGCUCUUGACAGCAUCAACCUGACACGGUUCCCCCAAAGCCUUGAUGCUGCCAGUGCCUCCUCGCUGGCAGAAUGGCUCAAGAAGGUCCUCACAGCUGUAUAUGUGCCUUCUGUUCAAGAUGCCCUCCGUGUGUCGGUCCCACUGCCCAACGUCCUCAACACCAACCUCAGGAAUGCUGAAGUUGCCAUCACUGAUGAAAACUUCACCUGGGACACCAGCAAAAAGCUGGUGAAAGUCUGA